AUGGCACCAAGCACGGGAAAGCGCUUGAAGGGCGUCUCUAUUUCAAGGCCUAUUGUGUACGGUAACGUUGCAAAGCCUUUUGGAGAGAAAAGGCCUCCAGAAGCAAAUGCUGAGCAUACGCAUACGUGGACUGUCUUUGUUAAAGACCCUCAAGGGAAGGACCUGUCGUAUUUUAUCAAGAAGGUGGUAUUUAAACUCCAUGAUACCUACCCAAACUCUACCAGGACUAUAGAGUCUCCUCCAUUUCAGGUGACAGAGACAGGCUGGGGUGAAUUUGAGAUUGGCAUAAAGAUUUAUUUUGUCCCUGAAAGCAAUGAGAAAAACGUUUCUCUUUAUCAUAACCUAAAACUGCAUCCUUACGGUUUCCCUCCGGGACAUGUACUCACAGAUAAAGAUAGAGAAGUGCAGAGCAUCUUAUACGAUGAGAUUGUGUUCAAUGAGCCAACAGAACGCAUGUUUGAAAUACUGACAAAGACACCAGGAUCACUUCUUCCUCCUGUGGGAAAUAAUAAAUACACGUUCAGUAAGAAAAUGGAGAACGACGAACUGGACCGGAUUAAACAGGCUAUGGACAAGGUCAUAGAAGAAAUUAAUGUUCAGAAAGACAGGCUCAAGGAGCUUGAAGCGGAAAGAGAGAAACUAGUAACGGUAAAUCAAUAA